AUGAGCGACUUAAUCACACCACCAAGAAAGGCAACCCCGCGAGUCCGCUGUCGCCAGUGUGGAGGCGAACAUCUCCCCAUUCGUUGCCCUCUUCGGUCGCCUGACGACCGAUCGUCGAAGUCGUGGAAGGAGCAAGUGGAGGAAUACGACCUCAAGCAAAGUGCAAAGCCAUUCAAAUGCACCGUCCGGCUACACCAGGGCAAAGAAUCUCUUGUAUGUUCUGACACUGUCAAUGAAUCUCUUGUAUGUUCUGACACUGUCAAUGAGUUUUGGGACGACAUUCACACCUCGCACAACCAUUCUCUGUACCGAGAUUUUGCUGGGAUCAAAAAGACAGAAAGUAGCGUUUUGUAUCCGCCGGACUUUUCGCUCUUGGAACCCGGCGAGUACACCCUCGUCAGUCGGGCUCAUGGAAUUUCUACUAAGGACCUUUGCAUCGUCAUUGACGAAGCUGUGAAAGAGCCGAAGAAGCACCACCCGCUUGAAAAGGCGACAGUCAGAAGCGUUCAGGAGAAGCUUCUCUUACAAUUCAAUCAUUUCUCCCUCUCACACGAAGGAAACGACUUGAACCUCGACGAAACGUCCGUGCUCACAGAAAUCCUUGAAACGAAAGAUUGGAAGCACAUCCUGGAAUCCAGCGAAGAGAAAGUUGAUCGUGAUCUGCGAAGGGUUCCCGGAUCGGAACAGGACAUCCGAGAAGCUGCCAAUCAUAUUCUGGCCUCCCAGGAACUCUCCAGAGUACCCCAAGACAGCAAUCACUCGAUCAGAUCGAGUGAAACUUUCGUUCUACAGCUUCAUUCUUGGCUUAUGAAUGGCUUGCUGGUCGACACAGCUGUUGGCAUGGCAGGGGAGUACAGAAAGGUUGCCAUCGGAGCUCAUGGAAGCCGAUUCUCCUCAAGCACGGAUAUCCAGUUUUAG